AUGGCACGUAUAAAGGAGAAGGUAUUGUAAUUUUGAAGGGGCCAGGUACCCACAGGCCACGACAGGAUCUUCAACGGAGUCAUCGCAUAAGCAAAAUUCAACGACGACGUCUUCAUCUUCGUAAGACGAAGAUCGACCAACGAUUCCGCGUGUGAUCGCGAAUACUUUCCCUUCCUUUCUUCCCGCGUAACAACCAAUUGCACUUCUGUUCCUUCCAUUCAUCUUUUAUUCAACCAUAGUCGCUUAUCAUUUCUACGUCAACUGUUAUCAAGAAAGUCCCAGUAGUGGGGGUUACUUCGUGUGUAAGUAUGCUUUAUUUGUCAUACUUGCACGCGAGUAAUGCUGCAUUGCCUGUCUGAAGGUAUCGGUUCGUGUCUUCAACUUUCACGAUAAAUUGUUAAGCUAGAUUAUCCGUUUCGAAAAUUCGAUCCGCGUUUUCGAAAGAGUAUUCUACUUCUCUGAUAAAUUGUUAAUCGGACCGUUUCGUUUCGAAAACUCGAUGUUUUCAAAGAAUAUUCAACUUUAAUGAAGAGGCGAACAACAAGACUCAUUUUCUUAUAGCAAGGAGAUACUUUUUCUUACGGAACGCGGAGAAACUGGAACGUCUAAAUUGCCGUCGAUUAUUUCGAGUGCAAGCAAAAAGAUCAUCAGCCAACACCGCGAGCUGACAGUGUCGUUCCACGAGAAUUUUCAACUUUUUCUCGCAACCAAACUCCCCGAUCUUGAACUUGGCGAAAUUCAUCUUGAGAAUCUCAAACUGGCCGCAGAGAUGCAUCGCCAAACUGAAGAACAAUCCGUCGUUGGCGCAGUGAGCGACAGCGUUGACGAAAAUGUGCAUUGCUUGCAACACCAGCACGCAAAUGUGAUGGUGCAAUGGUAG